AUGAGCGCAAAGAACGUCGUCUGGGCUGUAAAGGCUCACGGCGAACUCAAGAUUACCACGGUCGACGCUAUCCAGGGUGGAGAAGCGGUCAUUGUUAUUGUCGACCUAGUUGCUGCAGGUGAGACGGCUUCACCCUUCGUCCAAGACUACAGGCAUCUGAGCGUCGCUGUCAGUCGCGCUCGCGAUGGCUUGAUCAUCGUCGGCGAUUCGAAGAGUGUCGACCAGGAUACACUGAAAGACGCCACGGCAGCAAACUCCAAGACCAACAAAGUCAAGAAGCUCUCAAAGAGAGACCUGUACACUUCUAUUUUCUUUCAGGCCCAGAAGUAG